AUGGCCGACAAGAACACUUCGACCGCACCCGCCGUGCCUCCGCCAACCCGCCCCAACCGGCCAUUGAGCGAGGCAUUGUUGAACGAGAAGUGGGACCACUGCCUCAGCACCCUCCUCAUUCGAAGCACGCUCGGUGCAUCUUUUGGCGUCAUCUUCUCCGUCCUCCUGUUCAAGCGGAGAUCGUGGCCAGUCUGGGCAGGUCUUGGAUUUGGUGCUGGAAGAGCUUGGGAAGAAUGUGAUAGCAGCUUCAAGCGCGCAACCGCGCCCUCCCGAGACGGCCUCCGUGUGCUCAGACCUUGA